AUGUUUAUGAUUUCUAUCUUUAAAUCUUGCGACAUUUGUACAUUCAUUCAAUUCAAUUUCAAAGUAUCAGCUCCAUAUCAAAGGGAGUAGAAACACCAUCUGUCAUUGGUGGAUCAAAGGUAGGGAAAGGAAGAGCUUUAAAGAUUUACAUUUUUAUUUCCCUCAGUGCAAAUUGA